AUGUCUGAGCGUGAGAGAGUCGACGAGUGUGAAUGCGAGCGGUUGCGUCGAUCGAGGCGAUGGUACGGCGAGAGAGUCCCAAUCACACCGGCUAGCCGGACGCCCAGUUGCAAGCCGGACACGAGCGACUCCAAGGCAAUUCGCCAGAGGAAAUCACAGCGGAGGGCGAGCUGCAUCCGGCUAGAGUGCAGAGCGAGAGAGAGCUCGAGCGCAAUCGCGGGAUCGAAGGAAAGGGCCCCACACAACGACACUCUCCGUCUUGCAAGACCUUCUAGCAAAGAAGGAGUGGACCUUCCAGGAAGCGUCGUGGCUGGCUUUCACAUUCAACCAAAUUGCUCCUCGCCUCGCCCGCCGCUGUCACACUUUUCUUUGCCCGUUCUGCUCCCUCGCAUCGUCUUGGUAUCGGGAACCUCUUGUUCAGCCAAUAUCGUCGAUGGAGCUUCAGCUGACAUUUGA